GGUUCACAUGACAACUUCAAUCCACAUCACAUACCCCUUCGUUUUCGAAACACCUUGACCCACUUACCGAAUAACGCUGAAAACAUCCGCCAAGGCACCUCCACACAUUCAACUCCGACAUCACAUUUGCAAAGACACUCUCUACACCGCUCGAACAAUCACUCAGUCAACUAAACUCGGAACCCCCAGCCCCGAAACACCACAAUGUCCGCCCCAAGAGGCAAUCGAGGCCGGGGCCGAGGGCGCGGCCGCGGCCGAGGAGGAGGAGGACGCGGCGACCAACCCGCAGCAGCCUCCCCCCCAACCGAAGACCGCACAGCAGCAACAAACAACACAGUCCAACUCCUCAAAGACUUCCUAACCCGGCGCUACGACGCACCCAACAAGCUCCUAAACCUCUCCCACAUCGCCACCGACGACGAGAUCCGCAAAUCAGGCAUGUUCGACCGCGAAUCCACACAGCUGAAGUUCUUCCCCGCGCUCAUGAUCAUCUGCGCCGACCUGCUGCCCACGCGUGAGGAGAAAGAGGCUGCUAUCCACAGCGUUACGUUGGCGGGGAAUAAUCUGCCGUCUAUUCGUGUGAUAAGAGAUCUGGCUGCUACGCUGCCGCAUAUUAGGAAUCUGGAUUUGACGGGGAAUGCGUUUGAGAGUGUGGGCGUGCUGAAGCCGUGGAAGGGGCGGUUUAGGCAGCUGGAGCAGUUGCUGGUUGAUCCGUUUGCGGGCGAGGCGUGGGAGGAGGAGCUGGUGUCGUGGUUUCCUAAGUUGGGUGUGCUGAAUGGGAGGGUGGUGCGUGGUGGUGCGGACGCAAUGAAUGCAGGUGUGGAUGGAAAUGCUGCGUUGCCGCCUGUGAUGCAGGCGCCGGCGCAAGGGAUGGGGCAACCGGUGACGGAUGAGCAGAGGCAAAAGGAGGAAAUGGUUGCGUAUGUGCAGCAGGCGACAAAUCUCAAGCGGGAUUAUGCCGUGCAGUGCUUGGAGGCGGGCGGUUGGGAUCUGAAUAAGGCGGGUGAGCUGUUCACGCAGUCGCGGGAAACUCUACCACCCGACGCGUUCAACUAGGACUGGCGCGCCAUGGAGAAGCUGAUGGAAGUAUGCUCGGGAUGAGAUUUGACACUUUUGCGGCAUCUACCUACUCCAGGCACAGGCGUUGGGUCACACACGGGGUUGGGUUGUCUGAUUUGAUGAUUUCCAUGCGGCGGUAGUACAUAUACCCAUUCACGAACGAGCACAUUAAGCUUGAAGUUCAGAAAUACGAGUUCUUGAUUUCUCAAGUUACCAUAUAUACAAAAAAUA